AUGUUGAGUUUACAAAAAUCCUUUGUUAAGUUCAGUCCUAAUGUGCCAGAGAAUGCUCAACAAGAUUAUCAGAGAAUCCUCGCGAUGGAAACACGAUCAUCUCUGGGUAAUUAUCUGGGUGCUCCUAUCGAUUUCCAAGGCUCGAAAGUAACACUUUUCACGCAUUUACUGGAUAAGGCCUCUUCACGUAUUACCAGCUGGAAUCAAUCAUUUUUAUCUCAGCCAGCAAAGGUGAUUAUCAUAAAUUCGAUCCUUAUCGGGGCUUUAAUGCAUUACUUGGCAGUGUUUCGUAUUCCCACUACAAUAGCUAACAAGCUGGAUAGUUUAUUUGCGGCUUUUUUCUGGAAAGAUAGUCAUGGAAAAGGUCUGCAAUGGAAAAACCGCGCCACGAUCCAAAAACCUAAAGGAGAGGGAGGAUUAGGUAUUCGAAAUGUGGGUUUGUUUAAUACAGCGUUACUUAUGCGAAAGGCCUCGCGCAUCAGACAAAACCCUAAUUUGCUGGUCUCGCAAAUUUACAAAAGGUCAACCAGCUCUCGGCUUCAUCAUAUGACUCAUAUUACACUUUCCUCUUGGGGACGGAGAGGCAUAGUCACGGCUAGUACCCUUCUCGAUAAGCUUUCUAACUGGAAAAUAGGCAAUGGACGUGACAUUCAUGUUACCACUCCCACUUGGAUGAAUGGCUCUACGCCGAUAUUUCGGGACCAGGUUCCGCUCUCAGCUGCUCGAGACAUUCGUGUGGCAGAUCUAAUGGUGGAAGGCCAACGUCGAUGGAAUCUGAGUAAACUCUAUGCUAUGUUUGAACCCAGCUCGGCCCGUCAGAUCAGGAGCAUUGAACUCCCUCCCGCGCCCAACAUAUGCGACGAGCAAUAUUGGCCUCAUACUAAAUCUGGUUCCUACACCACGAAAUCGGGGUAUGCAAUCUUACUCCAACAGCAAAAUGAAAUCUACAGCAUGACAUCUUCCUUGGACAAGGAUUUUUUUCGUGUCCUAUGGGGAUCGCGCAUCAUGCCGAUUUGGAAACUUUUUAUUUGGAAACUGUGGCACAAUGGCUUUGCUACGAAGAAGAUCCUCUAUCGACGUCAGAUUAGCGAUUCGAGUGAAUGUCCCAUAUGUCUUCAUGACUGUGAGGAUACGAAUCAUCUGUUUCGUUAUUGCCCCCUAGCAAUUGAGGCUUGGGGAAACCGCGACUUAGGCAUCAACAGAGCGCCCGUUUUGGCUAUGCCCAUGCGAGAAUGGCUUCGUUCAUGGAUUAUGUUCUUUUAUAAAAAAGACGGGUACUACGGGAGUCGUUUACCUGCUUUCGUUGCUACUUUGUGGACAAUUUGGUUAUUACGAAACGAGCAAGUGUUUCGCCAGUUUCAUGCAGUUUGGGACAAACAUACCCUGUCAACGGGGAUCGGAUGGGCCUUUCGUGAAUCUCCGAAUCAACCUAUCAGGCAAUUUGGGUGUUAUUCAUAUGCUUCUUCAACCAUAGCUGCCUUGUCACUGGCUUGCCUAAAGGUUGUAACUUGGGCUCAACUCGCUGGCUACUUGCAUAUCACUCUUACAACGUCAUCCACGAGCCUCAUUCAGAAUCUUAAGACUAGGGGUUCUCCAGAUAUUUCUAUCAAAUGGACUACUGAUGCGAUAAGGAACAAUGCCUUUACUUUGAAUUCUUGCGAGGUGGUUCGUGUGAGCAAGUUACAGAUUACGGAAGCGCAACAAGUUGCUCUCUGGUGCCGACAGCAUGAAAUGGAUUUCGGAUGA